CAAACGCAGGAGUUCAGUUUCGUAUCAGAGUUCGAGGCAUUCAGACGUGUUUUUCAGUCGUUCUCGACCCGAUCCAGUCCAGUCGUUACUUACGUAGAGUUGUGUUUACAAGUGAAGUGAUCUCGUGUCAAGUGUUUUUAAAACAAAUCAACAGUUGAAAAAAUGGCAAUCGCUUUCUAUAUCCCGGCUAUCGAUGAUGAAAUCGAAAAGCAACAUCAGCUGCAAGUGAUGCAGCAACAGCAGCUUCUGAUGCAGUAUGAGCAACAACAUCAAAAUAGUCAGCUCGGUUCGCCACCGCCGACUCCAACGAGCCCGACGGGCUCCAUUCCGCCAACUCCACCGCUGACUCCGACGAUGACUCAAGUCAGCAUCCAUCAUAACCGCUACCACCUGGUGCAAGCCUUCCAUGAGAUGCUGUUCCGUCAUGCUCAAGAAAAUAACCCAACCCGCUCGCGCUGUCUGCUGUGCAACAAGCUGUACUACCUGCUCCGAAAAGUGUAUUAAGUGUUCCGCCACGUUCCCGCCAAAUCUUCAAAGUUCAGUUCCAAAAGUUUACAGCCAAGUGACUUUCCGUACUAAACGUUGAUCCGGUUGCUCCAGCCAAAUGAAGUGAAAUUCAUUUGUCCGAUCGUGCCGAAGCUGGAUGCGCCCCCCAGUGGAUGUUCUAUCCAGGCAACGCCCCAAAUAAUGUCCGCCUGAGCGGAUGCGGCCAUCGAAUCCAGAAAACUGAUGAUUCUGAAGUGCCCGGCGGAAUCAUCGAAAUGCUUCGAGUGCAUUAAUCUCGGAGCGGUGCAGUUCAAUGCAAUGCGUGGUCUUGGGCUUCUUGAGAAAGAAGGACCUGGAAUAAACUGAAGCAUAUAUGUGAUAUAGUUAAUAGUGAUUAGUGAUCUCAUUAAGCAUACGAAAAAAAUGUUAGCAAAUAAAUAAGUCACAAGUGAAAAAGAAA